GUCUUGGACUUUCUAAAUGUACCUCGUAAAUUGUUGUCAAUGCUCAAUGCUCAAUGCUUUUGAUUCUCUGAACGGUGGUCCAAACCGUCUGAAGACAAAGAAGUCAAAUACAUUCCAUCGCGUAUACAUCAUCUCUCUCCCUUCGAACCCGAUCUGAAGGGUUCGCAUCUCUCUCCAGAACAGGCGGAAACAACUUUGCCCGCAUGCGGCCGAUAUAGAGGAGAAACCCUCCCGGGAUGGCGAGCUCGAAUAACAUGCGCUCCUCGACGGACGAGUCGCAGUCUCAUCAACCGAGCGAAUUCGAAGUGCGGCGUGCUGCACUGGUAGGCGAGAUUGGAGAGUCCCUGGAACAAGUCCUCGCACAGAUGAAUGCUCUGAAUCGCAGCCUCGAAGGGAUCAUAGAAAUUGGAAACGAGUUCUCCAGCGUCGAGGCGCUGUGGAGUCAAUUCGAGACGGUGAUGGGCAGAUCCGCCGCCGACGAGAACGACGCAAACAACGACACGACCGAAACGGCGCACACGACUCCAGGCAACGGAGACGGCAAGCAUGGCAAAUGAGAGUCGUCUGCCCUUGCAUUCCUAGGUAGAGGCCAUAUCUGACAUGUGCUUUGAGCCGCGAGAGCUGUGUGCGGUUGAACGCAACUUGUCCCUUUAGCCAUCGAUUCUGAUCGUCGACCAUUUUGGAAGGAGCGGAGAUGGAGGACAUCAACGAAACCUGAGCAGGGUGACGAUUGGAGCGCUCCAGAACAAGGGCAUGUUCAACAGGACAUGUAUUCAUCGUCGGGGGAGCUACGCAAUGAGCUGCUCAUACAGCAAUCACAUCAAAGCGCGCCACAGAGCUUCGAGCCCGAAUCGUCGGAACUCGCCACGCUCGCUCGCACAGCGAUCCCCAUUCUAAAUCCAGCAGAGUCUCAUUACAACGCCUCGUCAUGCAAUUCAGUUGCAUCCAACGCCGUCCCAUAUGCGUACCAUCACACAUCAGCGGGCGUUUUUUGAGCCCAAAAGGUCAAUCAUACAAGAUCCAAGUUUUGUACCCCGAGAAUGGAAAAUUGUGACCUCCUCUGAGAGUCUGUUCCUGAUCCAUUGGAUCAUAGGAAUACACAUUUCCUCUUCUUUACCUUCUUGACCUUUACCCCCUUGCUGUUCGGCUUCGCCUCGAAACUCUCCUCUUCGACCUGAAUGGCGGUGUUGAUGGCCAAAUCAAAUACCUCUUGAAUACCCUUGUUUUCCUUGGCACUGCACUCGAUGUACCUAGCCCCCAUUCGCUGAGCUACCGCAGCUCCUUGUUCGGGUGUGACAGGGGUGAGGCCUUGAGUUCGCAAGAGUUCAAUGCAGGUUCGCUUGUUACGAAGGUCGGAUUUGAGGCCGACGAGGAUCAGAGGAGUUGUUGGACAGAAAUGCAGGACUUCGGGAUACCACUGUGAUGACUCGUCAGUAAAAGCCAUAGCCCUACUAUCGAGGAUGCCAUACCUUGUCCAUGACAUUCUCUAGUGAGUUGGGGCAGUCAAUGGCAAAGCAGACGAAGAGCAGGUCCGUUUCUGGGUAUGACAGUGGUCGCAGCCGGUCGUAUUCUUCUUGUCCUGCUGUAUCCCAAAGUGC